GAUUGACACUCGCACGCAGAAAGUUGUAGCUAUCAAAAUCAUUGACUUGGAGGAGGCUGAGGACGACAUCGAGGACAUUCAGCAGGAAAUCCGACUACUGUCGGAAUGUGAUUCGCAGCACAUAGUAAAAUACUUUGGAUCCUAUGUCAAAGGUACCCAACUCUGGAUUGUCAUGGAGUUUCUUGGAGGGGGUUCUGCUUCUGAUCUG